CUCCCUCAAUUACAAGGUUUGAGAGACAAAUUGCAGAUACUAGAAUAUGUAGUGGAUUUUACCAACAUAAUGCAAUCUGCAGAAAAUAAAUUAAGUUUAGAUGAUAAGUGGCACUUAAUUGUAGUAUUACAUAAAAUCAAAGGCUGAAAAGUAUGUUGGGAAACGGAAAAGGGGACCGAACUAUUGGCGAAGCCAUUUGAAGGUGAAUAUCAUCGGUUGCACAAGAAAAUAUUCUCUCAACAUAAGCUCAGCACCAAUCCAUUGAAGAAACCAGUGGCCCAGAAGCGGCGUCUCUUCGGGGGUGAGAGGCUUCAGGCUAUUAAAGAAGAGGUAACGAAGCUCCUGCAGGCUGGUUUUGUCAGGAAAGUCGAUUACUGUGAAUGGGUGGCUAACCCAGUUCUGGUGAAGAAGGCAAAUGGCAAAUGGCGAAUGUGCAUUGAUUACAUAAAUCUUAACAACGCCUGCCCUAAGGACUGCUAUCCAAUGUCGAGCAUUGACAAACUAGUUGAAGCGGCUUCAGGCAAUGAGAGGUUAAGCCUCUUGGACGCAUAUUCGAGGUAUCACCAGGUGCCAAUGGCUCCAGAAGAUGAAGAGAAAACCGCGUUCUGUGCUGGCGAUGAAAUUUAUUGUUAUGUCAUGAUGCCGUUUGGCUUGAAGAAUGCAGGUGCUACUUAUCAGAAAAUCGUAACCAUUGUCUUUCACGCUCAAAUUGGCAAGAAUCUGGAGGUAUAUGUCGACGACAUUGUGGUAAAGAGCCUAAAAGCAGAAGACCAUCUCGCCGACCUCGACGAAACCUUUAACAACCUUAGAAAGAACAGGAUGCGGUUGAACCCAGCCAAAUGCAUCUUCGGAGUGGAGUCUGAAAAAUUUUUAGGUUUCAUGGUGUCUCGAAGGGGAAUUGAGGUCAAUCUAGAGAAGAUCAGAGCAAUUGCCGAGAUGGAACCGCCGAAAUCAGUGAAGGAUAUACAGAGGCUGACUGGAAGGAUGACAGCUCUGCAUCGGUUCAUAUCGAAGUUAGCAGAUAAAUGUUUGCCAUUUUUCAAAAUUAUGAGGUUAGCCGCCCAGAAAGACGAAUCAGGAAAGCAAAAGAAGUUCGAAUGGAGCAAGGAAUGCCAAGUUGCAUUUGAAGAGCUGAAGUCUUAUCUUAGCUCACCGCCUCUGUUGACUAAGGCUGUAGAUGGAGAACUUCUUUACUUGUACCUGGGGAUUUCAAAUGAGGCCAUUAGUUCAGUUCUGGUGAGAGAAGAAGCUAGGCAGCAGAAACCAAUUUAUUAUAUCAGCAACGUGCUGCACGGAGCAAAACUAAGGUAUCCUAUAGCUGAGAAAGCAGCAUUAGCAGUCGUCACUUUGGCCAGAAAGUUGAGGCCAUAUUUUCAGUCACACCCAAUUAUCGUUCUCACCGAUCAACCUCUCAAGCAGAUUCUGCAGAAACCAGAGUGCUCUGGAAGAUUAAUUAAGUGGCCCAAUGACUGGACCUUAUAUGUUGACGGAGCAUCUAGUAGCAAGGGUUCAGGGGCUGGCGCUCUCUUGAUUGGUCCAGAGGGAUACCGAAGCGAACAUGCCCUGAAGUUUAAUUUUGAUGCAACAAAUAACAUGGCUGAAUAUGAAGCUCUGCUACUUGGUCUACAGCUAGCAUUGGAGUUGAAAAUCAGUGCAAUUCAAGUAUACAGUGACUCCCAGUUGGUGGUAAACCAAAUUAACUCAAUCUGUGAAGUUGUUGAUCCUAUGAUGGUGAAGUACGUAGCCUUGGUGGCCGAGCUGAAGUGCAAAUUCCAGAAAUUCUGUCUGAGUAAAAUUCCCCGAGCUGAGAAUGAACAGGCAGAUUUACUCUCCAAGUCUGCCUCUGAUGGCUCUUUAAGUUCCAGAUCCGUUUUUGUGGAAGUUUUAGAUGAACCAAGCUUCAUGAAGCCUCGGAUGAUGGAGAUUAGCACAAACCCUGACACACCAAGCUGGACUGACUCAAUUAUCUCCUUUUUGCGAGAUGGAAUAGUACCUGAGGAAAGGCAAGAGGCAAUGAAGUUGAGGAAGAAAGCAUCUCGGUAUACACUUGUUGAUGGGAUCCUCUAUAAGAGAUCUUUUUCACUUCCCCUUCUGCGAUGCUUGAAUCCUUAUGAAGCCGAGUAUGCACUUCGGGAGGAUGCCACUCACUUUGUUCAGAAAUGUCCGAGGUGCCAAUUCUUUGCACAUCUGACUCACCAACCCGCAGAAGAACUCACGAACUUGGUAGCACCAUGGCCAUUUGCACAGUGGGGACUUGAUCUUUUAGGUCCAUUCGUGAAAGGGGUUGGUGGUGUAACCCAUCUGGUUGUUGGUGUGGAUUAUUUCACAAAGUGGGUUGAAGCUCGGCCUUUAUCUAGUCUUACUGAUGAAAACAGAAGACACACAGACGCAAGCCACACAGACGGGAGAGAAAAAGUUGUUCUGCGCAAGAGUCAAGAGCAACCAGCCGCCCAAAAUCCCAGCCACCCGCCUCUGUUGUUCACCAGCAAUAGAAGAAAAAUCUCCGCCGCCCAGCCUUGCUCUUCGCCGCCCAGCCACGCUGCCGCCCAGCCUUCUUGGGAGAUCCCGACCACAGAACACCAUUCGGCCAAUUGCAAUUCUUCAUAGUUUGGGUUUUGUUGUUUCCAAAUUUCUUACUAUGAUUUUCUGUUGGGAUUUAUUUUUCAUGGCUGUUGAGAACAGAAACAUGCGUGGCUAGAUUUCUUUGAACUAGGGAUGGAUAGAUUUUAAUUUUUGAAGUAUGUGACUGUUUUUGUUAGUUUAAUUCAAGAUUUAUUGGUUAUUUGUAUGAUGAGUUUAUAUUAUUGAACUUAAUGCAUUGAGAGCUUGAUCACCUUUCAAUUGAUUUAGUGAUUUAUGCAUGAACUUGAGAAAGAAUUGUGUAAAUUAGACCAAUAAUAAUAUAAACCGUGUGCUAGACUAUGAGACCGAGAGGUAAUUAGCUCACAUGUGGUAGUGGAGGAAGAGAAGAGAGUUAGUAGCUCCCCCUUCUUAAACUAGAGGUUUCCAUAGAAUUUAAUGCUCAUUAGUUUGUUUAAAAUUACAUAGAGAUAUGAUUAAUUUAGCAAACAAAUGAAGGAUUAGCUUGACU